CUGCUGAAGCCAGUGGAACUGCCUUUAAAAAUCCUGGUUUUGGAGUCAGAAGUGAGCUGAUGCACACCCAGGUUGUCCCCAGCCUGCACUUGUUUUCAGUCCAGGACCCGCUUUCCACCAUGGGAACUCCUCCUCCUCCUCUUCCUCCAUCUCCUCCUCCCCGCUCCAAAGCCGGUGGGAAAGUCUGGGGCUGUUGCUAUUUUCUAUCUGCUAUCGAGGCCUCUUAUCGCUUUGCUCUUGUCUGCAUGCCGGCGUUCGGAGCGUCCAGGGUCUCACUCUUGGCAGCCUGGAGGAGUCCCCCCUCCUUUUAUGUUUUCCAUGUAUUUUUCCCCUUGUAUUUAGUUUACCAGCACAGCACAAAGAAUCAACAACAGGUUUGUUUUCCCUGCGCUGGGACAGCCUUAAUUUGAGUGAAACGAUCAAAUCGUUACCUGGGUAAUAAUGGGCUUUCCUACCGCUGGGAAUGCAGCCCUUGAUGCAAGCCCUGCAUCGCCAGCCUGAGUGCGGGUGACAUGAGCACAUCACCUCCGCUUCCUGCGAGUUUUGGGAAAUCAUUGUAAUUUUUUUUGUACAGAAGAAGGAAAAAAAAAGAAAGAAAUCCUUCCUUGUUAUCAAAAAUAAAAAAGGAGGGAAAAGGAGGGAGGGAGAAGAGUUAAUCGUCAAAGCGGAGUAUCUUGGAAGGGAGCAUUUUUUGGCUCUUCCCCUCUCUGUAAAGCCAGCCUCAGUAAUUCAGUUUUAAAGCAUGAAAAAAGGGAGUUGAUGAAAUUCCACUAUCAGCACUGAACCAAUAUGCAAAAUAUCUCGCCGAAAAUCAAAUAGCUAUUAUGUUUUCAUUUCCAUUUCAGCGUAUUUGCUUAAUGAAGAAUAGACAGAUCAGGCAAGCCGAGGGAGGCUGUGUGCGGUGAUAACUGUGCAGGGCUUCCAGCAAUCCCGGAGAAGUGACGCUCCGCUCCCUGCUCUACGCUCCCUCUCCCUCCCUGCUUUUCCCUUUUUUUUUUCCCCCCUCUCUUUUUUUUUCACCCUUUUUUAUUUUUUCUAAGCUAUCCAGUAGCUCAUUUAACUCACACAGCCGGUGGCACCGGCAGCAGAGCAUCCCUUGGGAAUAGGUAGCGUGUUGGGAGCGGGAUGCUGCAGUGGGCCAGCUGGGUGCUGGGAUGCAUCCAGGGACCGCAGUGACAUGGUGCUGGGAUGCUGCCGUCCACCCAUCCUCCCUAUAGGCACUCGGUGAUGUUGCAGCACCCAAUCUCCUGGUUUUAUAUCAUUGCAUUUAUAUGGGGCAUCUCCAUCUCCCUCCUCGGUGUGUCAGGGCAGGAUGUGGGUGGUCUGGGCACCCCUGGGUGGGUACCACAUGCGGUCCUGGCUCCAUCUAUCCCUCCCCAGCCCCAUCCAUCCCUUCCUGGGUCUGUCCAUCCCUCCCUGGCCAGGCUGGAAGUACCAAGCUAUAGAGCAGGCGAGAGUCGGGUUAACUUUAUCAGAAGCCCAAGAGCCGUGAAGGCGUGAAAGAAGAAAUUAGCCUAACAAUGUUUCAUUUGCAGCGAGAGAAACGAUUUGUUAGCUGGCGAUUGUUUCUGAAUAUUAUCAGAGCCUUUUUAAUUGUGCUGGAACUGAAAUUAGCAGAAUUAGAAUAAAUUGCCUUCCCUUCUCCGGCAGCCUCUUUAUUCACGCUCAUUGUUGUCUGCUUUGUAUAGAUUAUGGGCUCUUUGUUCUCCUGCUGUAAAUAUACAUGCCUGGAGUCACAGAGAGCAGCUGAGGUCUGCAGUGGGUUUGUCACCACGCCGUUCUCCCCCUUGCCUGCACCGAGGUGGUGCCGGAUGGGCACCGGGCAGCCCCCGGCACGAGCCACGCACGCUGCUCGCUCUUCCCUCCUUUCUUUAUUGAUAUCAGCAGGGAUGGGGAUGCUGCGUUGCUGUGGAAACGGCAGCAUGGGCUGCCAGGGCUGUCUGGGGUGAGCUGAUGGGGUAUCCCCUAUCGUGCACCCCGUUUGCACCCUCCGUGCACCCUGUGUCCCCACCGCAGCAUCCCCCUGUGUGCAGUGCUGUGUGCAUGGCAGGGGGAGGUGUCAUAGGUCCCCUGUGAGAUGAGGGGUGCUGGGGACCAUGGGGAUGGUCUCUGGAGUCCCUCAUCCCAUUGAGGUCCUGGGGAUUCAGGUGGGAAGUGCAGGUGAGCAGUGCAGCAGGCUGGGUACCUCACUCUGCCAUAGCCAUGUACCCAUGGUACAUGAGGACCCUGCUCACUUCCCAGGCAUGCGUAAGGCUCGUUCUGCGCAAUAUGGGAAUCACUGUUCCUGGAAGUGUUCAAAAACGUAUAGAUAAGGCCUCAGUGAGAUGGGUUAGUCCUGGACUUGGCAGUGAUGGGGAACAGUUUGGCUUGAUCAUCUUAAAGGUCUUUUCCAACCUGGUUGAUUCUAUGUGUGAGGGGAAGCAGGCAUCCCCCGGCGGACACCCCCAGCAAGCCAGUGGUUCUAUAAACCUCCCUCUGCAAGGGGACAGGGACCCGAGGGAGAUGCUGGGCCACAGGGCUGGCUGGCGAUGGGGGUUCCCUUCCCACGGCAAUUAGGGCAUCUCCUCCCAGAUCCACGCCGGGUGAGGGCAAGAGCCCUUUUCCAUCAUCCUACAUUUCCCAAUUGGGAAAACCCACUGUUGUUUUGUUUUUCCCAUCCAGUUCUCCCACUAACCACCCCUCUGUGUUUCCCAGGUUCCUUGGCAGUGAUGGAGGAAGGUGAGGAUGGCCCAGCAGCAGAGAAGAGCCCCUUGGAGAGGGAAGCAGCCACCUUGGACCUCGAGGGCUCUGCUGAGCAUGAUGCCUCCAGCCCCACCGGCAGCGAACAUUCCACAGACACCCCAGAGAGUUCGAAGGAGCUGGAGAGGCCGGAUCCUGGAGAAAACCUGCAGGAAAUGGAUGUCUGGAAUGGGCCAGAUGAGCUGGAUCUGGUUGUGCAGGGCGGGGAAAGGCGGGUGCGAACCCGCAAGAGCCUCCCCGAGGGCUUCUCCUGGGGACCCUUCCAGGGCAGCAUCCACAGCGAGCUGGCAUCACCGGGACACACCGAUACGAGCCCGCCCGUGACGCUGGUGCUGGGGGAUGAGAGCUGCUGGCUGUCCUGCCUGCCCCUCGUGCCCGGAGAGCCCGACGCCAACGCCAUCAUCUACAGGAAGGAUGAAGCCCUGUGGUGCCGGACGACACGCACCCUGCAGGAGGACGAGAUCCUGUGUGCCUUCGUGUUGGCGGAGCCGCCGGCCGUCCCCAACCACCAUGCGGUGACAGUGGAACCCGGUGACUCUCCAUACCCGGCUGCGCUGCACUCGGACAUCCAGCUGCUGCCACAGCAGGCGGGCAUGGCCGCUAUCCUGGCCACGGCCAUGGUCAACAAGGAUGUUUUCCCAUGCAAGGACUGUGGGAUCUGGUACCGGAGCGAGCGCAACCUGCAAGCACACCUGAUGUACUACUGUGCCAGCCGGCAGAGCGCCGGAUCGCCUGCCCUGGAGGAGAAGACCAAGGAGACCUACCCCAAUGAGCGCAUCUGCCCCUUCCCACAGUGCAAGAAGAGCUGCCCCAGUGCCAGCUCCUUGGAGAUACACAUGCGGAGCCACAGUGGAGAGCGGCCGUUCGUGUGCCUGAUCUGCCUGUCCGCCUUCACCACGAAAGCCAACUGCGAGCGUCACCUCAAAGUGCACACCGACACCCUGAACGGGGUCUGCCAUAGCUGUGGCUUCAUCUCCACCACGAGGGACAUCCUCUACAGCCACUUGGUCACCAACCACAUGAUCUGCCAGCCGGGCUCCAAGGGAGAGCUGUACUCACCCGGGACAGCCCUGGCUGCCACCAAACCCCAUGGGCUGAGCCAGACCAACAACGCAUCCCUGCGGAAGUGCAGCCUGCCAACAUUCCUGCCCGAGGGGCUGCCAGCACUGCCUCAGCACAUGGUGCUGCACAGCCCCCUGCCCGCCCCACCACCCAGCUCCGAAGCCGUGCCCCCCAUGGCACCACCUACCUUGUCCCCCAAAACCGCGGCUGGCAAGCUCUCACCGGCAGUCCAGCCACAGAACGGGGAAGGGCCGUCAUCAUCAUCAUCAUCAUCAUCAUCAUCCUCCUCCUCCUCCUCCAGCGAGGCCAUCCGCAUCAAGGCGGAGCCUGCCCGCAGCCCGGUGAGUGAGGCGGAGGUGCCAAAAAGCAGCGGUCCCGGGGAGGGGGUCAGCAGCAGCCCCAGUGCUGCCUCCCAGACCCCAUCCCCACGCAGCCUGCCCUCGGCAAAGGUCAAGUCGGAGCUCGUGAGCCCCACGCCGGGCUCCAGCCCUGUGCCCAGCGAGCCCGGGACGGGGACGGGCACGGCUGGCGGCACCAUCUUUCUGCCCCAGUACGUGUUCAGCCACGAAGCCGCGGUGGUGCCGCAAGCAUCCGAGAUCCUGGCGAAGAUGUCGGAGCUGGUGCACAACCGUCUGAAGCAGGGCCACGGCGGUGGCGCGGUGCACCCCACCGUCUACAGCAGCACACCGGUACCCAAGGGUGCCACGUGCUUCGAGUGCGACAUCACCUUCAACAACAUCAACAACUACUACGUGCACAAGCGCCUCUAUUGCUCCAGCCGGCACCUCACCGAGGACAGCGCCGCUGGGGCACGCAAGCUGAAAGUGCCCCCCGGAGCACCCAAGGGUCCUCCUACCCUUGGGAUGCUGCUGUCCUCACCAGUGAGCGACGGGCAGGGGACACCAGGAGGGAAUGGGGAUGUCAACCGGAAUGCCACGCCACCAGCCACAGUGCCAGAGGUGAAGGUAGAAGAGGGGGGUGUUAAAGCGGGGACCCCCGAGGCGGAGGGGGGGUCGGGGCGGUGCAGCGAGGACAGCCAGAGCCCCAGCAGCUCGGCAGGGGAUGAGGGGGACGAGGACCCCAACAAGACGCUGUGCGAGGCGUGCAACAUCCGCUUCAGCCGCCACGAGACCUACGUGGUGCACAAGCGCUUCUACUGCGCCUCGCGCCACGACCCCCCGCUCCGCCGCCCCGCUGCCCCCAAAGUGCCCUUCCCUCCCCAGCCCCUGCGCACCCGCAAGCGCCGCAAGCUCUAUGAGAUCCAUGGAGCCGCUCAUCGCCCCACUGAGCCCCCCCCAGCCCCUGACCCACCACCACUGGUCCUAGAGCCGGUGGGGGCUGCCCCAUCGCCCCGUUCCAGCCCGGAUGCUGAUGGUCCCAUUGACCUAAGUAAGAAGCCGCGGUGGCAGAGUGAACCAGCGCCGGCACCGCUGAUGCCUUUGGCUGACUACCAUGAGUGCACCGCUUGCCGCAUCAGCUUUAACAGCCUUGACAGCUACCUGGCGCACAAGAAGUACCAGUGUCCGGCCACCCCGCUGCAGCCCCGCACUCUCGAGCACCUCCAGAAGAUGAAGGGGACCAUGCCUGUCCCCAUCAAGGGUCAGCACAGCCCCAGCAGCCCUGGUGAGGGGGACCCCGAAGGGAUGCGGGUGAGGGCAGCUCCAGCGAGGAGUCCCGGCAUCCCCUACCCCGGGGCAGACUCACAACAGCGUCACCCCAAGAGUCUCCUGCCAGCCCUGGGGGUGAAGGGACCCCUCUCUCCUUGUCCCUACUGUCCCCUUAAUGGGACCGUUAAGGGUGAUCUCCUUGAGCACUUCCGCAUUGUCCAUGGGCUCUAUGUGGCCAAGCCGGUGGUGGCCGGGCAGCGGGUCCCCGAUGCCCCGGUCCCCGGUGCCGGCAGGACACCCGAGCCCCCACUGCCCGCGGUGUCCCCCCCCCGUCCCCCUGCCCCCCUUCUCCGCAGGGACAGCUUCAAUGGGAGGGAUAGUCGGGAUGGUAACGGCAGCCCCCGGCCCCCCUCCUCUCCCCGGCCCCCCGCUUCACCCGUAGCCCCCGAGGGACUGCGGGAAGCCCCCCGCAAGCCCCCUACACCCCCCACUUACACGGACAGGGGGGUGCAGACCCCCCCAGCCAAGGCUGCGUCCGUGUCCAACAGCAACCACAGGUACUGUCGCCUCUGCAAUAUCAGGUUCAGCAGCCUCUCCACCUUCAUUGCCCAUAAGAAGUAUUACUGCUCCUCUCACGCCGCUGAGCACAUCAAGUAAAGCCCCCCUCCCCAUUUACCAUCAUCACCAUUUGGGGGGGCUGCAGGGGAUCGGGGACCAGGAACCGAUGCCCAGCACCUCACUCUCGCAGGGCCCAGGGUGAUCAGGACUCCACUGGGGCUGCUUCAGCAUCCAGAGGCCGCUCCUGUAUCCUCAAAUGUCACCCCAGGUUGGGGGUCCUGCGCAUCCUGGGCCAAGGACCCUAUGGAGAGAGUGUGGUGCUGGCAGGGGUCCGGUCCCCCGCCUCCAGCACAUAGUGCAUGCGGUGCCCAUAUCUGUGACCCUGCUGCAGCCUAGGCUAAUGCUGCAGGGAAACAGGCUUAAGGUGCAUGGCCUUGUCCUAGCCAGGGGGCUCUGCCCCCAAAUAGACACUACAGGGGUGGGAAAGGGGAUAAACCGUGGCUGGGCUUGGCCCUGGGCACACUAAGAAGUGUGUGGGUGCCCCCACCACAAACCAGACCCUGCAAUGAGACAGCACUAGAGGCAAGAUGAAGCUAUAAUGGGAAUAUCCGUGUGUAUAAGUGUGUAUAGAAAUAAAUAUGUCUAAUGAAGCUG